UUCGGGGUUCAGCUGAAGCAGAGGGAAGUGUGGUCUAAGCAACUGCAUUUUUCGGAAGUUAGAAUGUGCCUCUGACAGCGUGUUUUCCUUCAAGCAGUGUUUUUUGCAGACACUGUUCAUUCUUUGGAGAUGUUAACUUCUUGUGUUCGGUGUGGUCUGUGCUGAACUGAGGUCUUUUCUUCCGGAAUCCCCUCCGUUUGUAGCCUUUCCUUAUCCCAAAUGCAAGCUGCUUUUGCAGGUACGAUGGCUCGUGUCUUUGUUUACGGCACGCUGAAGAAGGGCCAGCCCAACUACAAGUACAUGAUCAACACAGCCAAGGGCUUAGCGAAAUUCCAAGGAAGGGGCCGCACGGUGGAGAAAUACCCACUGGUGAUUGCAGGAAAAUACAACAUCCCUUACAUGCUGAACAUCCCGGGAACAGGACACCACGUUGCUGGUGAGAUUUACUCAGUUGAUGAGCAGAUGUUGCAGUUCCUGGAUGAGUUUGAAGGCUGCCCAGACAUGUACCAGCGUACCCUGAAGAGAAUCGAGGUGGUGGAGUGGGAAGGGAAGGGUGGCACAGGCGAGCUACGGGCAGCUGCUGAAGGCAUCCUGGAGUGCUUCGUGUACAGCACAACGACAUACCCACCCGAGUGGGUCGGUCUCCCCUACCAUGACAGUUACGACUCCUCAGGAAAACAUGGCCUCUCCUACGUUCUACGCGAAAGCCGGGAUUAGAAACGGGAGAUAAUGCAGCCCAGCCGAAGACAUAGUACUAAGCACAUGUUGAUCAGUAACUUUUCCAGGAAAGCUGUAAUACCUUUGUAUUAAAACACAAGAUUCCUUGUAACCACCCCAGCCCAGCAGCCUUGGCGCUAGCGUUGAAGUCGUGUAGGCCCAGAGAUGGGGACUCAUCCCUAGCUAUUCAGUGUCCUCUUCGCUCCCGCUAACCUGCUGCGAGUAAUCAGGUUUGCAUGAAACAUAAAAUAACUGUAGUAUUUGUGCACAUCGGGCUUGGGGUCUCCUUAUUUGCUCCAUCCCGCCCUUUGCCUCAGUCCAUGACCGAGGUCAGUGAAAAGUAGAUGAACAGACUAAAUUUUUUGGUUUUACCUGAAUUUACAAAUUUUCUUGUGUAGUUCUCCAAGGUGGGUGGAAUAAUGCUGAUACUAUUGCACUAACAGCCGAAAAUGAUUUUAAAAACUCAUGUCUGCAAACAAACUAAAGCAAAACUGGCAUUAAAUAUUGACAUGUAGUAGUGUCUAGUAGGUUACUGAAUGUAAACAGGGAGAGAUAACCAUAUAGAUACUACACACUUCAAGACAAAUAUUAAAUUGCUGGAGAAAUAGAGAAAAUUUGAAGACUAUUCUUACUGUGUUACAAUGUUUUCCUGAGCUGGAAAAGCGUACUUCUAAAAGAUGUUUCUUUCUAUAAGGUACUGUGAAGAAAUGUUAAAAGAGUAUAAGAGAAUUACAUUUAAAAUUGUAUUUUUAAUUCAACAAUUUAAGCACUUUAGGUACCACUUCAGUUCACUGAGUGAAUGUGGGGUUGGGGGGUAGGUAUGGGUGUUGGGGACCUGAUUUCAGCUGCCCACCACACGACAGCAGAUGCAGCUGUUGUGGGCACUUAAAAUCACAGUGAUUUUUAGCCAAGCACUUUAAUGCAGCACUUGAAACCAUAUGCAAACUGAAUUUCUUAUCGGGAAAAAGAUUUUAUAUACAUUAUAAAAAUUAUCCAAAGGACCUGUAGUGUGAUUAUUGCAACAUUAAACUGGAAAAAAAAAAAAGAAUGUAAAGAAGACUACUGUCCUUCUGACCCAACCAACUGUGCUGGUUUCUAUACAAUCUGGGAAAAGCGUGGCUUUCUGUUGUUACAUAACUGUGCCUUAGAUUUUCUUUCAGAUGCAGUGUUUGGUACAUAUAGAUUGUGCAGUAAUCAGAACUGCCAAAGGGACAUGAGACAUGCAGUGGGACAAAGUACGAUUAAAUGUACUAAGGGUGCCAUUACGAACAAUAUUGUACUUUUGUUUCUUUGCCCGGUGGUGGCCGAAGAUCUGAGGGAGGGAAUUUAUGAGGACAGGCUGAGACAGUUGGGGUUGUUCAGCCUGGAGAAGAGAAGGCUCUGAGGAGACCUUAUAGCGACCUCCCAGUACUUAGAGGUGGCUACAGGAAAGCUGGGGAGAGGCUCUGUAUUAGGGAGUGCAGUGGUAGGAUGAACAGUAACAGUUUGAAGCUGAAAGAGGGGAGAUUUAGAUUAGAUAGUGUGAAGAAAUUUCUUCCUGUGAGGGUGAUGAGGCACAGGAGCAGGUUGCCCUGAAAAGCUGUGGACGCCCCAUUCCUGGAGGUGUUCAAGGUCAGGGGUUUUUUUUGAGUAAUCUGAUCUAGUGGAACGUGUCCCUGUCCAUGUCAGGGGUCUUAGAACUGGAUGAGCUUUGAGGUUCUUUCCAAUGCAAACUGUUCUGCAAUUCUAUGAAUUAACCCAUGGAUGCAGGGUACGGAAUCGGCCUAAGCAUAUCAAGUGACAGGCACUGCUGUAUCUCAUUUAGAAAGAGAUGGAAAGCUUGGGUUGCUGCACUAGGCAAAUGAAGUAAUUUUAAAGUACAAUAGUCAUGUCAUGUCUCUUUACCAUACUUUUGUUUAGAACUGUGCUUCUUUUGGAAGCAGCAGGACAGCAUUAAGGAUGUUCAUUGGAAGAUCUGCAGGGUGUCUGCCUCAGUUUCUCUAAAUCAAAAAGCAUUAAUUUUCCUGGAUGGCAGGUACUACCCAAACACUCUCCUUAUUCAUUCUUGAUGGGUUUUGUGAACUGCUUAACAAAGCAGAUCCUUGUACUACAUUAUUCCAUUACUAGCUGUGUGAUUUGGUUGGCAGCUUCUCAAUAACAUGAAAAAAUGCCUCUUCAAUGAAAAGUUUCAAGCAGAAUGAACCUUUCUGGUCGAACAUGAGUCAUCAGCCCUGUCACAGACUGUUUUCGUCCUUCACCUUCCAGUAAAGGGCCCAGGUGCCUCUGGGCAAAGGGUUUUUUUUCUGGGAAGUGGCAUGACUCUGCAAUCCUAGGCAAGAACAGGAGAGCAGGCCUCCUCCUGUCUGGGGCAGUGGUCAAGUCAAAGCAGGCACCGUUAAUUCUGGUGUGUGUAAAACCUGUUGGAGGAGGUGAGAGCAAAGGCAGGAGUAUCCCAGCAUCCUGGCCCAGCCGGAGGCAGCGGCAGAGGCUUAGGUGAGAGCAUAGGGACAGACAUGAUGCUUAUAUUGUGCACGGACUGCGGAGGUCCCUCUGCAUCCAGUGAGCAUCACCUGCUGACUUCCUGAGCUCAAUGAAUCAAUGGAAAAGAGAGCUGCCAUUAACCAAUUAAUGAAAAACAGAGCUUCUGUUAACCACACACUAACAUUUUGAACCCAGUAAAAGUCUGCUAUCUUCACCACCCUGUGGCACUGAGUUCCUGAGUGAGGAGGGGGAAAAAAAUACAUAAUUUUACCUGUUCUUAACAAGUCACCAGCUGUCUCCCCUCUGUUCAAGUCUCUUAAAUCUUCCUCCUCUCCAGGCCCUCUCUGGCUUUGCGUACUGGACACACAGUUCCUCCAGCAGGAUAUUGUUAUUAUGUAUUAGGAACAGUCCUAGUUCUUCACACCAUUUUUAGUAAAAGCAUCUGCACAACAAAAGAUCAGACACCUGGUUCUCCCCUUCCUGUAAGAGCCCAGGAGGCAGCACGUCCGGCCUGAGGGACAGCAGGUGUCUCUAGUGAUAUCUUGGGGUGACCAUGCGGAUUCGAGGACAGUGCCAGCUCCUUCUGGAAGGAUUUGCAUCCAGUAGUCAAUUCAAAGAAGAUAAAGGAGCGGGGGGAUCGGUGUCUGAAUAAAAGAAGAAAAUUCCCAUACAACUGUAAAUGAAAGUCCACAGAGAAAGUCUCCACUAGAAAAUAAAACAUCUGAUCUGUCAUUUAAAUCUAGUCUAUACAAAGACUUCAAAAUAUUAAAAUAAACCUGAUCAGAAUUUAAGCCAUCAGCAGUGCAUGUUCAGCGCUUACACAGAGCAUAGGGAAACAGCUCAGUUCAUGCAGUGGUUAAUUUUUCACUCUUACCAACCAUUCUGUACAGUUUGUCUGAGGCCUCAAACCAAUGAUACCACCAUGAAGAAGACAAACUGGAUCUGGGCUUUUGUUGUGCUUUCAUUUUUCUUU